CAGCUUGUUUUGGUGCAGCGUUGACAAUGACAAGGUAUCAUUACGACAGUGUCACUCGAAAAUGUGAACCGUUCCAAUUUUUCGGUUGCUCAUCAAACGGCAACAAUUUCGCCAGUAAAUUACUGUGCGAGCAAUUUUGCGUCGAAAAAGCAAUCCCGAAAGAAUCAGACUGUAAUGGAUUGAGCCCUUUGGUAGAUCCAAGUAACAGCGUACAACAGUGCGAUUCGAGCGUGUCAUGCCCUUCUGGAUUUGUUUGUAAUAGUCAAAAGCGAUGUUGUCCAACACCA